AGCAAAACUCUAGCAACGAGUGCUUUGUCAUUUCUUUGUGUUUCACGAGAGAGCGAUGAUUCAUGAUCACGAUUGCAACUUUAUUCUUUUGACUUUUUGCAUCUCCACUCCUUCCGCCGCCGCACAGGACACGACAUAGCGGAAGUGGGGCGUGGAAUACUACCUUUUUAUUUACCUCUUUGUUUCUAGUAUUACAACUGAAAAUCUGCUGAAAGAAUGAAAAUGAUGUUUCUACCGCCGCCACGUGCUCAUGGUCUCCUUGUUGCUGCAACAGUUGUGCUUAUUUUUGCACAACUAAUCGCACCAGCCGAAAAUUUUCUCGUGGCAGGAACGAAGAUGAGUUUUUUUCUGGGACCGCAGCAGGAGGAUGAUGUAAGCACUUUGCCCCCUCUAUGGCGUUCUCAAAAGUUACAUUCUCAACUGUUACAUGAAUCUGUAAUGCAAGAAUCGCAAAAGCAAAAGGGGGAAGACUGCAAAAAAUGCAUUACAAAUCCCGCGCAGAUUUAGGCGCUGUUUAGCCCUUCGCAAAUUUGUCAUGCGCAGCAGCUUGAUCUUGUGAAUGAUGAUGGUAGUUCUGCAUGACAAAUUCAUCUAACAGUUGAGAAUGUAUCGUUUGAGAACUCCAUACCCUCCCGGUGGUGGGCCAGGUAGCGGUGCAAAUUUGCACCCCCCUGCGUAUCUCCCCUUCUACCCGACGCCAACCCCGACUGUCCUUGCACCCCACCAACAGCACAUGCUGUCUCAACAGCAGCUGCAACAGAACCAGAGGCAGCAACUUGCUGAAGAGCAGCAGGAACUCCUGCUGCCACGCGAAAACCGAACCGCCGCAAGCACGAGCACCACCAUUAUCCCCUCCGCUGGUCCGACCCCACUUCAAAUUCUGUUUCAAAACGUUGCAAACUACGAGACCAACCGGUGUCCCCACUGCCCGGAGUUGCAGAAGUACCAUAUUGAGAAAGUCCAGAAGGUUAUUUACGGACGACCGCAGAAUCAGGAGGACGCGCUGGCGGGGCUGGUGGGUGAUGAGAACCAUUAUCCGUAUGUCUUCGAUCCUGACAACAUUGUGCAACACGCUGUGAACACCAAAGCAGCAGAGAUCAACGCGGAGUUGCAAGAUUUGGUUGGUCCAAGAGAAAAUGUACCUCCUGAAGAGGAAGAAGACACACCCCCUGCGCGCUGGUGGGGCAGCAGCCGAUCCUCUUCUUCCAGCAGGAGGGCAGCAGAUGGAACACUGCCCAACAGCUUCUUCACCAGCUUGACCCAGCACCUCGGCUUUUCGGACGACAAAACGAGAAGACUCGCUGCGCCCUUUCAAAAAGGCCGAACCGUCGCCCGACCUGGUAAUGCGCCGCGACCGAAUUUCAUCGACGAAGCAGACAGAAAUUCGCCUGCUAUCCAGCGCUUCACAUUCGCAGAUCUUUCUUACAACGAGAAAGCCCAGCAGAACCCCUACCUUCGGAUAUCAAAUGUAAAAAUGUCUGGGUCUGGAAGAAUGCAACUUGUGAUGCUGCAUUUGGAUUCCAAAAAAAUCUGUAUUGCAUGAGUACCAAAGGGAAUACAAUUUUUGCUACGCUGAGAAGGCAUUUAUCAUGCAGAAUAGGCAUCAAAAAGCCCUCAGAAAAUCUGUAUUGCUAGGGGAUGCAUCACAGACAUCAUGGCUCAUGCAAAACGUGCAUGACAGGUGUCAGAAUCUUCCAGACCCGGACAUUUUUGCAUUUGAUAUCGGAAACUCGCAAUCGAUUGCGACGGACUGGACCCCGCAUCCGAAGCUUAUUUUUUCCACGGAACAGGCUUGUCUUUCCACGAGGAAGACGAAGAUGAAGAUAACUACCACGAACGCCACAUUCCGCCAUACUAUCAAAUGUAAAAAUGUCUGGGUCUGGAAGAAUGCGACUUGUCAUGCUAAAUCUGAAGCAUGCAAAAAUCUGUGUUGCAUGAUUACCAAAAACGUCCAAUCUUGACCAACUCGGGAGGGAGUUUCUCAUGCAGAAUAGGCAUGAGAGAGAUCAUCGCGCAGAAUCUGUCAUGCUAGGUCCUGCAUUCCAGGCUUCAUGGGUCAUGGAAAAGCUGCAUGACAGAUCGUGUAUUCUUCCAGACCCAGACAUUUUUACAUUUGAUACAUACGAUCACGAUGCGAAACGGCAGCCGCUGCCCCCGCAGCCGCCACACUACACUUACAUAGGGCGGAGUUCGCCGAUCUUUCAAGUAAGGGGGAAAGAGAGAAGUAGUACCAGUACUACUUCUAAAAGUGGUUUUGCUGCUGCUUCGAAAAAAUCAGGCGGCGUCAAAUUCAACAAGUGGUCCACCGGCAGAUUGCGCAACAUCCUGAAAAACGGACUGCAGCGGCCGGGCACCAGGAAAAACGACGGCAACGGCCGCGGAAAAAAGGGCAAGAACGGCGGGCAGCUGUACGGAGAUGGGAUCUAUUUGGCAAACCAACUGCACAAGGCCGCGCAGUACAGCAAGUGGGAAUUACCGGUUCGCGCCGCGGAGAACAUGAGCAUUCAGGUCCCCGCCGCGAAGCAGAGUCCCACCGGGGAGUGGAGCGACAUCGUGAAAGGCCGGUGGAACGUAAUUUUCGUCGUCAAACUAACCUUGCCGCCGAAGGAUAUUGCGAAUCUCGAGCUGGAACGAGCCCGGAAAGGUCUGCGGACGCCUGGUAACAUCAUCCCGGAGGCGGGCGCUAGAAGUCCGCAACGCCAGCGUCCACCGGUAAAACGGCGAUGGGGCAAAUCCGUCGAUCAAGUGCUUUACGGGGUGCCACUGGCCCGCCAUACGAGAGGGAAUUUCUUUAUCAAAUGCAAAUAUGUCUGGGUCUCGGAGAGUGCAGGAGUUUGUCGUGCAGAUUUCGCAUGACCCAUGAGGUCUGUGAUGCAUGCCCUAGCAUCAGAGAUUAUGCCAGGCCUUUCUGAUGCUCAUAUAGCAUGAGAAAUGCCCUCUCAGCGUAGCAGAAAUUGCACCUCUUUUUGCUGUUCAUGCAAUACAGAUUUUACGUGGAGUCCAAAGGUAGCAGCAUCACAAGUUGCAUCCUUCCAGACCCAGACAUAUUUGGAAUGCAUAUUCUUGCAAAACCCACAGUGGAUACCGGAUUACCACACGCAAAUAGUAGAUCUGCCGUACCCAGAUGGCAUCGGCAGUGGGCCAGGAGAGGAUCAUCAUCCUAGCAAUGCCAGUACCGACUGGUCGGGCCGACUCUUCUCGUGGGCGCAAGACGGGCAGAAGAAGCUUUUAUUGCCGGGAAGUGUUGAGGACGUUGUUAUCGCACGAAAAAACAGUUUCACUGUGAACUUGUGAUGCAGAAAACGAAGCGCCACAUUGUUUGUCUUGCCACACCUGCAAGACAUGGGAUUUUCCAGCGUGUUUUCCCUUGGGAAACACGCAUGCCAAAUUUUCGGUGUCAUGUGCAACACACUUAUGAUGCGGUUUUUGCAAAGUCAUCACAGUGAAACAGUUUUUUCAUGGGAUAGUUGUCGAACCAAAUGUAAUGUGGAACGUUCUUGUCAUGCCAAACAGCGGUAUGGUAGAUUCUGUUAAUUGAACAUUUUCUGAUUGUCUACUGGAACAAGGACAAAGUGCUUUGCAUGACAAGGUGCGUUUCAUUCGUUUUCCUGCUGCGCAACACGUCUCAUCCAAACUGCAUACCACGACGACACCGAGGACAUGUACGGCACCGGGGAGCAGUUUCGCAUCCGCCACGUCGGCGGGAAAAAGCUCGAUCCGCGGGGAACGCAAUUGCACACGGAAUUUGUCGUGCACGACACGACGCUGCUCGAAAUAGCGUAUGUACUCGUCUUCGACGUGCCGAAUCAGCGGAGCCCGCUCAGCGACGUCCUGUCGCAGAUGUAUUUGGCAACACAGCUUCCCGGAGAAGACCAGGAAGGCCGCGAUGUGGAGGCACAAGAACAGCAGGACAGCUACGACAUGCGGACACUCCGUAGUACAGAAGGAUCUACUUCACUCGCCGCUGAUGGAAUUCCGUCGUCCCCAACCAGCACGAACAGCUGCUGCAGCUGCACAGCGGGAGAAGCAGCUCAAGUCACCCACAGGAAGCGCCCCUGUCGGAGCUACGUCCAGCGGCUGGGCACGUUAACAGAAAGGGACCUCCAACGAUUCCCCUGCUGCGACCGGGCCAGCGGCAGUUCCUGGCCUGAGUUCUGUUGCAAGGACCCGGCGACCACCAGUGUUGGCUUGACGGUUGCGAACCUCUGUUGCUGCUGCUGCUGUUGCUGCAAAGUGUCGGAUUGCUGCGCAAAACAGAGCGCGCAGUGCCUGCGGUGUCUGGCGGUGCCGGCGGCGGCGGUGAAGGGGAAUGUGUCGGUGAAAGCAAUUUAUCCUCAACAAUAUAAAUGUUCCCACUCGAAAGUAUUUGCACCUAACUUACAGGUGGAAGAUUUGUAAAAAUGCGCAUUCUCAAUCUCAUGAGGGGCAUAUAUUCUAUAGUCGUGUUUCAGCAUUUGUGAUCCUGUAAAGAGGAUAAGCUGAUGGCUUUGAGAUGCGGCUGCACUUGCUAACUACAUGGCUAUGCUCUACUACACUACAGCGACGAACUUGUCAUUCGUGGCAUCUAAAACAAACUUCUGGAUUUGUGUUGCAGAAUUCAUCCCAGUCAAGAUUGACUAUGCGGUGGCGGGGGCGUUUGCAGUCAGGAUACAAUUAUCAACUGUAAAAAUGUCUGGCUCUGGAAGAAUUCAUGUUUGUCAUGCUUGUCUGGCAUGACUCUUAAAUCUGUCAUGCACGUUACCCAAGAGCUCCGUUUUUCUGUGAUGCAGAAGCGCAGUUUGUCAUGCAGAAUAGGCAACACCUAGGAGCUCAGAAACUUGUCAUGCUGAGCCAGCAUUUGUAGCCUCAUCAUGAGACGCCACCCAGCAUCACAAGUUUCCAGACUCAGACAUUUUUACUUUUGAUAACAAUUGGCUGCCUGUUCCUGCGAAUUUUCUGCUGUCCGUGCAAGAACGUGCGGAAGGGGUUAUGGCGUUCUCCAACGUUACAUUCUCAACUGUUACAUCUGUUACAUGUAUUUGUCAUGCAAAAGCAUCUUAAGCCGGCAGAUGAUCGAGCUGCUUCGCAUGACAAAUUUCGGAAGGGCUAGACAGCAUCUCAAUCUCCGCCAACCUUGUAAUGCAACAGGCGCAAUCUUCCUCUUUUCACUUUCGCCAGUCUUGCAUCACAAAUAUAUGUAUUACAGUUGAGAAUGUAACAGUUGAGAACGCCAUAGGGGUGUUCCGAUGAUCCGUCGACCUGCUGCAACGGGGAAGACAGUCCCUGCGAGCUCGUACCGCGGGAGAAUCAAGACGCGAUGAUGGACGAGACCGCGAAAACAAGUUUUUGGUGCACCUGCGGUAUCGAGAAUCUCGCGAUGCUCUGUGCUCACAUCGGAGCCGAACUUUUUUGCGGCGCGCUCGGGAAACUCACUCUUGGCCAGUCGCCUCUGGCCUCGACGAGGGCACAUCCCGGCGCCACGCUAGAACCGUUCCACGUCGGCGACAGGCUGUUCGGUGCAUCCUGCUGCGGCGACCAUGCAAGACAAAGGAUCGCCGGAUUCCUCAGCAGCAUCGUUCCGCACGGGCUUGACUGCAGCUCUGGUGCUGGUGGUGGUGUCCUGCAUAGUGGUACUUCCGCGGCGUCGACUGCGUCCGCAGCCGGACAAGCAGCUGCUCACCACGCAGCAGCAGGAGCAGCAGCGACAACAACUUCGCAGUCCUGCAUCGCGAGCCACUUAGCCCAGGCAACCCUCGCAACUUCGUACCACCUACUCGCGUGGCACUGUUUCGUGCAGGCGUUUUUGCAGGCGGCGACUAGUUAUGCAUUGCAAAUAUGUCUGGGUCUGGAAACCUAUGAUGCCCAGUAGCGAUGACUGAGCACACUCCUGAGUGCAGCCAAGCAUGACAAAUUUUGCGGACGCCUUCUCAUGUGUAAUCCGCAUAAGAAACUGCGUUUUUGCAUGACAAAGAAUUCGCGCUUUUGUCGGUCACGCAAUACAGAUUUUACAGGAGUGGAAAACGCGCAUUACAGAUUCCGAUUUUUCCAGACCCAGACAUUUUUGCGCUGAGUACUAGUGUUGCGAGCGGCGAGAUCCGGGCGUAUCAAUUGGUAGGCUGUGGAAAAGUAUCGCACUCGUACCAAUGCAAGUUUAGCAUUACAAAUCUUGUUUCCAAGGCAAAUCUGCAUAUACAAAUUUUGUUUCUCAUGCUGAGGAAGUUUGUAAUGCAUUUAUACGAGCACGAUACUUUUGCACAGGAUACUUGGGGCUGGAAACGCCGUUUGAAAUGCCAGAGGAUAUGUAUUACAAUGAAAAAUGCCCCCUCCCCAUAUCAAAACGGAAAUCUGUGAUGCAGAUUUGGGGUCACAAAUCAGCUUUGUGAUGCUAGAAGGCAAAAGAUGCGGACUGUAGUGCUGUCUAGCGUGGGAAAGCCUUGCAACUCCAGGAUGACAAGAGGCAACUGGAAGGGGGAAACAGCAUGACAGAUUACCUGCAAUUUAGGCCGCAGCUCCGUCUCUUGGCCUCCUAGCAAUACAAGUCGAUUUGUGUACUCAAAUACAGCAUCACAAAUUCGCGCGUCUCCCGUUUCCGAUAUGGGGUGGGGGCUUUUUUCACUUUGAUAAUAUGGAUACGCAACCAGGGCCGCAUGUGCGCUUAGUGGAUUGCUGAAAGUAUGGCUCUUUGCUCGUUUUCCGUACACGAGGAUCAAGUGCCUGUGCCAUCAAAGCUUGUUCAUCUGCACUACUUAUCACGUUCAUUUCACACGAGAAUAUAGGAGUUGUACCCACAAAAUUUUGGUUUCUUUCUCUUUUUUGUAGAUUGGUUCUGCUGGACGUAGAUCGAGAUGAUUAGCUCUUCCUUUUGACAAAUGAAAACUCUACAUCUACGAGUACUAGAGCACAGUCGUAUCAACUUCCGAAGCAGUGAGGAGGAGACGUAACCCUAGAGAUGUUGUCCCAAACUCCUCCUGUGUGGUUCCCUUUCUGUCCCAACGCUGAGCGGUGAAGAUCAAUGUUUUUUUGAAGUGAAA